CAUCCCGCGACGCGAGCGAGAGGAGCGAGAGGGGUCUGAUGGCGGCCUGCAGGGCCUUUCGGCGGCGCAGGGAGGAGCCCGAGGAGGACGAGGAGGACGAGCAGCUAGCCGAGGAGGUCAGGUUGAAACUCGAGGAAGCCAAAGAAGUGCAGAGCCUCAGGAAGCGACCCAACGGGGUGAGUGCUGUAGCUCUGCUUGUGGGAGAGAAGCUGCAAGAAGAGGCAACACUUGUGGAUGACCCUUUUAAGAUAAAAUCUGGGGGGAUGGUGGACAUGAAGAAACUGAAAGAACGUGGCAAGGACAGGAUUAAUGAAGAGGAAGAUCUGAACUUGGGAACUUCCUUCUCAGCUGAAACCAACAGGCGGGAUGAGGAUGCUGACAUGAUGAAGUACAUUGAGACAGAGCUGAAGAAGAGAAAAGGAAUUGUGGAGAAUGAAGAACAGAAGGUGAAGCUUAAGAACGCUGAGGACUCUCUGUAUGAGCUGCCAGAGAACAUCCGUGUCUCCUCUGCCAAGAAGACUGAAGAGAUGCUGUCCAACCAGAUGCUGAGUGGCAUUCCUGAGGUGGACCUGGGAAUUGAUGCAAAAAUAAAAAACAUAAUCUCAACUGAAGAGGCCAAGGCCAAGCUGCUGGCAGAGCAGCAGAACAAGAAGAAAGACAGCGAAACUUCCUUUGUUCCCACAAACAUGGCUGUUAACUAUGUCCAGCACAACAGAUUUUAUCAUGAGGAGCUAAAUGCACCAGUGAGAAGGAAUAAGGAAGAGCCGAAGCCCCGUCCUCUGAGAGUGGGGGAUACAGAGAGGCCAGAACCUGAGCGCUCUCCUCCAAAUCGCAAACGUCCACCCAAUGAAAAAGCAACGGACGAUUAUCACUAUGAGAAAUUCAAGAAGAUGAAUCGGCGAUACUGAAGGGUGUGGACUGAGGCCUCUGCAGGAGUGCUUGUUCUCUCUGUCUCUCGUAGAGGAUUUUGUGUCAGUGCCGUGAAAUGGAGGACGGGAGCAUCGCUGCCUCCCCGUGUUGGUGUCACCUGCAGAGCUUUUCUUGUGUUCUUGUGUUCACCUGUUUGCAGGUGAUUGUGAACUCUGGUUGGUAAAAUCUUGUAUAUAACUUAUUUUCCACUAUAAAGCUUAUUUUAUCAUAA